AUGUCUAUUCUAUCUGCGAGGUCAUCGAUAUCUGCUGUGCAUGGGAUGCGUGGAAUUCCUUCGCAGCCAGAGUCUCAAGCACAACCGGAGCUGUUGUUCACGCAUCCGCAUCCCAACAAGUCGGAGAGUCAUUCAGCAGAAGAACCUCAUCCACAUCGUCAAUCACAUUCACGCUCUUCUCAACGUGGCAUUAAAUUCCCGCCGUCAUCGAGACCUGGGUCGAGCAUGUUGGCAAGAUGCUCAGGAUACUCAGACCUCGUAGGAUAUUCAGACUUCGCAGGAUCUUCGAUGCCGAAUUCGGUCAUUAUACCUUUUCAAAUUGACAGUCGAACAGAGAGAGGUUCCUCUCAUGGGGGAAUAUGUCACAAUUAA